AACACUAAACAUCGGACGGACGCCGAGUCCUCACGGAAGGCUUCCAUAAACCCAAAAGCCCUGCUUCUCCGUCUGCUUCUGCGUUCGUGUGUGUGUGCUCUCCAAGCAAACUUGUGCCCCACUCCUUUACAGCUCCACUUCCCCUAUUUAUUAUUUCUUCGCUCACUUCCUCUGCAUAUCAGUUGGGAGAGAGAGAGAGAUGGCUAAGGAAAACAGCUGCUUGACUCGCGUGGCCACCGGCGCUGUAAUUGGCGGAGCUAUCGGCGGUGCCGUCGGUUCGGUGUAUGGGACAUACGAGGCUUUAAGGUUUAAGGUGCCAGGAUUUCUGAAGAUCAGGCACAUUGGACAAAGAACAGUGUCGAGUGCCGCUCUCUUUGGUCUUUUCUUAGGUGCCGGGAGCUUGAUACAUUGUGGGAAGUCAUAUUAAGCUCUUUCCUGCCUUAGAUGAAGUAAUUUGUUCUGUUUACAUAGUUUUGCUUUUGAACAUGAAGCUAGAUGCUGCGCAGAAGGUGUGUCGUGGCUAAUAGUUGUUUCUUCAAAGUCAGUAGUUCUGUUCUGUUGUUUCUGCCUUUAACGUUAUAUCGAAAUUGUUUUUGAUUUCUGUCUC